AUGACGCAAACUCGUCAAAACAAUGAAUUUAUAAAUCAAGACCUCCUCACCAAUGAGGCGCUUAGGCAGUUGGCCACUAAGAUUAACAAUGUUUCCAGCCAUAAAAAAAUGUUGGAGACUCAAUUCUCCCAAGUUUUUCAGCAACAAGCUUCUACCUUAGUCCCUUCCGGGUCAUUUUCGGGGCAACCAGAACAAAAUCCCAAGGGACAUUUGAAUGAUGCAAUAACUCGUAGUGAGAGUGUGUCAACACCACCUGAAAAGGAGGUUGUUAAAGAGGUUGAGAAGGAAGCACCAUAUGUUGCUCCUCCUCCCUUUAAACUUGUUGCUCCUUUCCCACAAAGGCUUGAAAAGGACAAAGUAGAAACCCAGUUUAAAAAUUUCAUGGAACUUCUUAAAAAGAUCCAUCGCAAUGUGCCUUUCACUAAGGUAUUAACUCAAAUGUCUUCUUAUGCUAAGUUCUUGAAAGAAAUUAUUUCCAAUAAAAGGAAGCUAGAGGACCAUGAAAUUAUGGCUAUGACUCUUGAUAGUAGUGAUGUGAUUUAA